AUGACUCCGUUCACCAUCUCGAUCUUGAACCUCCUCCUCGUCACCCUAUUGCUGCAGGGUGGGGCAUAUACCUUCCACAUGGGUAACGUUCGUAUGCAGAUGAAAACGACACAUUUUUGCAACUCUGACUUGAGGGACAUCAAGGGGAACCCGAUGGCAUGUCACAUCUCCAAGGCUAUGGAGACUGAAGGGCUGGUCCUUCCUGGUAUGGAUGAUAACAAGUCGUUCACCGUUCAUCGAGACAUCUUCAUCGCCAAGGACGGUCAAGCGGUAGUUCAAGCAGCACCAAGUCACCCGUACUUGUAUCUCCUCAUGAGCCAGAACGACACGCACUUCAGCACCUCCCAAUUCUUCAAUAAACGCUCGUUCCUUAUAGAGCAGGGAACCAGGAAAAAGACUGAUACACCCAAUUCUCGCAAGCUCAGUGCCAAUCGUACGCUCGAAGAUGAUGGUUGGGUCUAUAAAGGUUUGGUAGAUGAAGGUGGACAGAAGCUGAACAAAUGGGUCAGAAGUGGAGUAGAAGGUGUUGAUCCCAAAUCGGGUAUCAAUUUCACUGCCCUCGCUCAGACUGGUGUGAUCACUAACGCUUGGGUCCUCUAUCUUGACAAGGAUCAGAAACAGAUGGUGAAGCUCUUGGGUAUCAACACCUUUGAGAAUGAUACGGUCUAUCUCCAGUCCGAGGUCACUCAUUGGGAAGAGCUGGACGAGACAUUAACUUUGGAUGUUGCCAUAAACGAUAUUCACGCGGCGUAUGAUAUCGUCCAGAACUACAAUCUGGCAGCAGCGAAAGAGGAGGCGCCACAACUAGACUCUCAGUUCAUCAAGACCCGUUUGGUUAGCGAAGAGGUUCGUCUAUUCUUUCACGGUGGGAAGGACCACGAUUGGAGGUCGAACAAGACUCUUCUCCGUGGAAAUGGGUCGGUAGCACCGAUCGAUUAUUUUCGCCUCCCCAAUGGCACAGCUGCACAUGCGUUCUUUCUGCACAAGUAUCAACCUCUUCUACUUCUACAGGAGGAUGAUAAAAAGGAGUUCGAAUUACCACCGGCUUGCAAGAAGGGUUACACCACGUCGGUCAGUGCAUACUGCCUGUAUGUUGGUUACGCCUCUAACGACACGCUACUGGCCCUCGACCUAUAUAUGUCUUAUACCGACCAAGCUAUUGAAGAAAAUAAUGCUUACCUCAAGGUCACAGUCCAUUUGAAGCAGCCGGGGACGGAG